CCAUGGCCGUACCUAUUGCGGUUCUUGACUGCGACCUCUUGCUCUAUGGCCGCGGACACAGGACUCUGGAUCGCUUCAAGCUGGAGGAUGUCACGGAUGAGUAUCUAGUAUCCACGUACGGCUUUCCCCGACAGUUCAUUUACUACCUGGUGGAUCUCCUGGGAGCCAGUCUCUCUCGCCCUACGCAGCGGUCCCGGGCCAUCAGUCCGGAGACGCAGAUACUUGCUGCUCUGGGUUUCUAUACCUCCGGCUCCUUCCAGACUCGCAUGGGGGAUGCUAUUGGCAUUAGUCAAGCCUCCAUGAGCCGCUGCGUUGCCAAUGUAACCGAGGCGUUGGUGGAAAGAGCCUCACAGUUUAUUCACUUUCCUGAGGAUGAAGCUACCGUUCAGAGCCUGAAGGAUGACUUUUAUGGGCUGGCAGGCAUGCCGGGAGUGCUGGGGGUGGUUGACUGCACCCACGUGGCAAUCAAAGCGCCAAAUGCUGAGGACCUGUCCUACGUGAACCGCAAGGGUCUCCAUUCUCUGAACUGCCUGAUGGUGUGUGACGCCAGGGGAGUCCUCCUGAGUGCAGAAACGCACUGGCCCGGCAGCCUGCCCGACUGCACGGUGUUACAGCAGGCAGCCCUUACAAGCCAAUUUGAAACUGAGCUACAUAAAAAUGGCUGGCUACUUGGUGACAGCUCCUUCUUUCUCCGAACGUGGUUGAUGACCCCUCUGCAUAUCCCCGAGACACCUGCGGAAUAUCGUUACAACAUGGCGCAUUCUGCCACUCACAAUGUCAUUGAGCGGACGUUCAGAACCAUUCGGUCGCGUUUCCGCUGCCUGGAUGGGUCCAAAGGCACCCUGCAGUAUUCUCCAGAGAAAUCCAGCCACAUCAUUCUGGCCUGCUGUGUGCUCCAUAACAUCUCCCUGGAACACGGGCUGGACCUGUGGUCUUCCCCGGCCACAGGACACAUGGAACAACCGGAAGAAGAGUACGAGCAAAUGGAGUCAAUGGACUCGGAAGCCUGUCGUAUUCGUCAGGAGCUUUUACUUACUCAUUUUAGCUAAUAUUGUGACAGAGGAAAGGCUUCUAAUGGUUCAUCUGGGAAGAUAUACAGAGAAAAUAUGCCACUUCCUCGUCUGUAAGUUUGUGAGGACCAAGCAGACGUGAGAUGAGGAGAAAUUUUACUCUCUUCAUUUCAGGCAGUAUUCUGAACUUCUCUCGAUCUCUCCAGAGAUUCAAUUUAAUUGCUAAAUUUUUACUGUUGUGAUGCUUAUAGAGUCCCCUUUCAUCUGAUUUAGAGAACAAUGGCUAAUGUGACACCAGUGCAGAAACUUGGGAAAUUGUCUUUGAUAAUUAUGAAAAAUCUGUAAGCCUCGCACUGUUUUACAAAGCAACAGUUCUAUGCCACUGUGUAACCCAAAACAUUUAUGAUUAAUU